UUUUCAGAAUUCGUCUUUCUACUAGGAAGAAAUGGACGUAUGCGAUGACUGAUAUUCUCUGCGAGCCUCAUUUUUCCGGUUACGGCUGUGAAUGGCCAAUUUGCUCACAUGGACAAGUAAAUCCUAUCGAUAGAACCUGCCGCUGUCAUGGCAAUUAUGCUCCACCAUUUUGUGAAUAUUGUCUACCAGGCUAUUGGGGAGAAUCAUGCGAUCGUCGAAUUUUACCGGCCAUGAGCGAACCAGUUCUUCCCGCAUUCUUCACUCAUGUUGUCCUUUAUCUCAUUAUAGUCUUUAUUGUAAUAUCCAGUUAUUUGGUGUAUGACAGGUGCAGAUCCAGGCCAACGACAUACAUUAGAGUAAUCAAAGAUGCCCCGCCACCCUACUAUAUGGUGUGAUUUCAAUAAAAUCGAUUCGACUGCUCAGCAAACUUUGGUG